GAGGGAGUGAGCGAGCGAGCGAGAGAGAAAAAGGAACGGGAGCGCGCACUCGCGCAGUAAACGACAGAUAACGCGUGAAGGGAACGUAAGCCGUCACUGUCCUGAUCCGGAUCCCAUCAAAGGAUGUAUCGACCGUUGCGGUACAGUGUGUGUGGAGAUUGACAUUUCUCCAAGGGCUUUGUGCGUUUAUUAUCACUGCGACUGCUUCAUCCAGACCCCCGCCCCGCCCCUCGAUCGUUUCCUGACGCCCGUCGCCACGGCAACCAUGGACUGCGGAUUGCGUUUGCCGCCCGUCAUUGAGGAGGUCCUGGAUGCUGCAGAUGAUGUGUGCGACCUGAAAGCAGAACGGCCAGGCAUAGGCGUUGAGAUGACGGCCAAAGAGCGGGGGUCACUGGAGGAGAACGAUGAGAGAGAUCAAGGGAUAGAGGUGGGAAACGGAGAGAAGGGGCAAGAGGAUGAGCGAGAGAAGAAUGAAGCCCUGGAGGAGAAGAUGGUGGAGACAGAGGAACUGAGAGGAACCGAUGAUGAAGAUGAGCUGGAGGUUCUGAGAUCUCAGAUGGUGCAGCUGUUGCUGGAGUUGGAGGAGACCAGAGAGGUGUCACAACGACACGAGGAGAGCUACAAUGAGCUUCAAGGUCUUUUGGAAGAAGAGCGUCUGGCCAGUGCCCAUCAGGCCGAAAGCUUUACGAGACAGAUCCAAAGACUUCAAGCCCAGCUGCGCUCGGUGCAGGAGGAGCUGGACAGCCUGGAGGAGGAGAAGGCCAGUGAGCUGUGGGAGGCGCAGGAAGAGCUGCGUGUAGCGCAGGAGGAGGUGCAGGAGCUGCAGCAGGCGGCUGAGGAGGCGGCCGCCGAACGAGAAAACGAUAUCGCUCUGCUGCAGGAGGAGCUGUGCCGUGUGCGUGCCGAGCUGGAGCGUCUCCGCGGCACCACGCAGGAGUACGAGCUGGAGUUGACCACCUUGCGGGCCGAGAUUAGCAUGAAGAGCCAGUGCCAAGAGGAGCGGGAGAAAGCCGGAGGAGAGGGUGACGUGGACCAGCUGAUAGAGGAGUGUCGCUCUUUGAAGAACGAGUGCCAGACGCUGAAAAAUGGCAACAAGCACCUCUCUGAGAAACUGGAGAUGUUGGAGCAACAGAGAGCCAGCUCCACUGACUCGUACCUGAGUUUAACCACAGAGCCGAACGAUGGAGAAAGUAACACAGAAUUGGACAAGGAGGUGAAGACAGAUUUUGUGAACACAUUGGGGGUCGAACAAAAGUGGGUGGACGCUUAUACCCAGAAGAACAUUUCGUUUGAGGGUAAACCUGUCACCCCGACGAGCACGAGCGGAGGGUUUGCUGAAGUCUUCUCGCUUAGAGAUCAACUAAAGCAGGCUGAGGAGAAGGCCUCACGGGUUCAGAGAGAGUGUGAUGGACUGAAAGGAGAGCUCCAGGAACUUCAGGGGCUCUAUGAGAGCAGCCAACGGGAGAGGGCGGAGCUAGAGGCGGAGCUACACCGCUGCAGGGCGGAGCUAGAGCGUCUGGCUGGAAGGAAGGCUCAGAGCUCCACUCCUUCGUCUGAGUCCCCUAUUCUCUCCAUACCCUUCAUAGGAAUGGUUGUAAUAAUGGGCCUGAUAUGGUGCUGCUGGAUGGAGCUCUUGUCCUAAAGGGGGAAGGAGGGAGACUGGAACCUGGUGAUGGUUGUUGCCAUGGCAGCAGCAGCAGUUCUACUCAUUCCCAGUUUGACCAGAGCCUUGGCCUGAGUGCUGGACAGGAAGAGACCUCAUCCUCAGUCGUCAGCUCAACCUAUCAGCUCUUCCCAUGGUACACAAUUCAAUCCACAUUUACCCACCAAUGGGAUUUGAAACCAUCAUGCACCUGUGUCACAUGGCUACUAAAUUUCGUUUGUGCAUCGUAAUGCUGGUUGUUUGCCGUUUCAACUGCUCGCUUUGCUUUUGUCAAUCAUAUCCGUUUCGACUAGCCAUGCUACAAACACUGAUGUCAUGGGUAUUUAAAUGGUUACCAUGGAGAUGAACUCCCAGGAGCUGCUGAUUGGUCCCAACUUCAUGUUUUCUUCUUUCUUUCCUUACUGGACAGCUGACCAUUCACAGGUCCUCCAGAAACUCUUUGCCUUAUUGUUGUUUUUGGAAAAUAACGUUUGCACAUUUUAACCUUUUUGUCUAUAAAAGAUUACAGUUCUUCAUCAACAGCGCUUCGGAUGAAGUGAAUUGCUUUACUUUCAUUUAGGUAGCAUGCAGUACUUUUUUAAUCUUCCUGGAUCUUCCUUAGCAUUCUUAAUAGUUAUGUAUUUAAGUCACAAUUACUGUCAUUUGUGUUUAGGUUGAACUUCUUUAAUUUCUUUACUAGCAUGUUCUCCUUUGGUUUCAAACUAAAUUCUAAGAGAUUUCUAUAUGCGAUCAAAUGAGAAUUAUCGUGUGAUGUGUACUGUGUGUUGUUUUUAAGUAAAAUACGCACUUGAUUUCGUUGUUGAACAAAAGUUUUAGGAAUUAAGGGGGCUAAGGUAAGUUAAAGGGAUAGUUCACCAAAAAAAAAAAAAACAUUUUGUUAUUAUUUACUCUUAAACCUGUAUGCAUUUUUUGUUCUAUUGAACACAAAUGAAGAGCGUUAAUAACCAAACAGAUCUGGGGCACCAUUCAAUUACAUAGUAUUGUUUUUUUUUUCUAUAGAAAGUCAAUGGUGCCCCAGAUUUGCUUUGAUACAAAAUAUCUUUCUUUGUAUUCAUCAGAACAAUACAGGUUUUACUUAAGUCAUUUUAAUUUUUGGAGAACUAUCCCUUUAAAUGACCCAGCAGGUAAACACGCGCUUCACUUUGACUUGAUAUUGACUUGUUUUAAACCUACACAAAUAUUUUUGUAUUUUAAUUGUUUAUUCGAAGACAUGAAAUGUAUAGUUUGAUUUUGUGCGUAUAGAUUGAUACACAAUGUUAAAAGAGUGGUAAAUAUUUUUAUAUGACGGUCGACUAAUGCAUACACUAAAAUCACACUAAAGUAGCUCUGAAACCAACGUAUCAUAAAACUAGCACAGAUGAUACUCGAGGUUAUUUGAAGUGACAACACAUUUUAUCUUGAUGAUCUACUGAUGCAAAUGAAUUAUCUUCAGAUGUUUGUUAGCAAAACGUUACAGAAAGUGCAAAACAGUGGUUCUCAACUGGUAAGUCAUGGGCCAAAAGUGGGUCGCAGCCUCGCAGGUUUGUUUUGAUUGGGUCAUAGGUGGGAUGCUAAUGCAAAUAAUGCAAAUAAUCAUAUAAUUAUGUACAAAAAAUAGAGAAAAUCUCUAAAAAAAUGUUAGCCUGGUUUAUCUCACGUCUGCUGUUGCUAAGCAUCUAAUUUUCAAUUCAGUCUAUCAUGUUAAACAUUUUGCAUGUUGUUGGGUCUAUAUGCAGUUAUGCUAAAACUAAUGUUGAUAUAAAACCAUCUGAGAACCACUGUUACAAAAUCAUUGUAGACAACUUUCCUGAGACGUGCAUCUUUGAUUAAAAUGCAAUUCAAAUCUGUAGCAAACUUGAUUAUCUGAAUAAUAUGACAGCUAUAAGCAGAAACCUACCUACAUUCUUUCACCAAACAAUGUUAUGAUGAUAUAAAUUAUUAUGUAUCCUUAACUAAAGAGGUUUAAAGAGACAUAUGUAGCUUUUUAUGUCAAUGGUCUGUGUAAUUUACAGACUGUGAUUGUGUUGAUUCUGAUAUGAAAAUGUAUAUUACCUUCAUGGAUUUCAUUUCAACCAAGGGUUCUGGUAAAUUAAUCUUGAGGUACUAGAAACAAAAUCUAUUAUGUUAUUACUUAAAAUAUCUAUUAAUAGGAAUGCACCGAUGUAUCUGCCUAUAAUCGGUAUCGGCAAAUAAAAGCAAUUAUAGCAGAAAUCGGUCGGUGGUUUAAAAACAUUCGAUGAUCAGGAUUUCACAACGUUAUAUGUUUAAACACAUAAACUAUCGAUAGAUGUCAUUCUAAGUAAUGGAAUAUCGGUAUCGGUGCCGAUACAUCGCUAUCUAUUACUGUAUAAUCUUGAUCUUUUUAAGGUAUUCAACAACACAACGUAGACAAUUUUUGACAAAUCUCAGUAGAAAUCCUCUCUUCUGUACGAUUGACUACCGUAGCAUCGUGGCAGUGAAUUGGUGCAUCUCUAUGUAGUGUGGAUUUAAAAUGUAGAUAAUCUACUCAGUGUUUGGGUUUAUCUGCCGUAUCCAAAGUCUGUGCUGUUUUUACAAUCCUUACAAUAGAUUCAGAACUCAAUGGUAGCACAACUGAAUGUUUAAUGUAUCAAUGCUUAUCAAAUACUUUCUAUGAGGCAGUGCAUGUCGCACCGUGAUUUCUUUGUCUUUAAAAUAAAAAUGUGGUUUAGCUUCUGCACUGUAUUACAAGAUUUGUUCCUGUUCUGAUUGAAAUGUUGCUUUAUCACUUUGACGAAGAAACGUUUUACUGAAAUUGUUUUAAGAAGCAUACUGUAUUUUAUUUUAGGUCAAGAUAAAUAAGAUCUUCCACCCCACACUUUUACAUGAUGUAAUAUUUACAGAUUGCAUUUUUGCAUGUCCAUCUGCAUGCACACCGAUAGAAACCAGUGUUAGGUUGGUUAGAUUUUAGCUCCCGUGACAAUUGUGGAAAAGACUUUGCAUCCGAAUCUGCACCUCACCCGAAUUGUUGUUAAAAUUCUUGUAUGUUCAUUUGCAGUUUUUGAAACCUGUUUUGUGUUUAAGAUCUUUGUAGUCCAAUGUUGUUUGUGUUUUGUUUGUUUUUAUUAUUGAAAAUGGAUGAGACCAAUAUACACUAACAGAUAAUACACACAUUGUAAAAAAAAUGCAGCAUGAAAUUAAAAACCUGUUUUUGCAAGUCAAUUCAACCUACUAUUUUAAGUUGACAUAACAUCUUAUACAAGUUAAAAUAGAUUUUACUUCAUUUGUUAAGUUAAAGUAACAAUUUUUUUACAGUGCACACUGUAAACAAUUCCUUGUCACACUUAAAUUUUCGAGUUUAAUCAACUUAAAUUUAAUUUUCAACUUUCUGUUCUUGUGAGGAGAUGCUAUAAAUUAUCAAAUAAAGUUGCAUUACACUGUAAAAAAUACUUUGCUGCCUUAAAUUUUUUUGUUAAAUUAACUCAGAUUUACAAGUCAUGUCAACAGUGAUGAGUUGUCACAACUAAUAAAAUAUAGUUGAGAAAAGUCAACUUAAAGUCAACUUAAAGUUAUAACAACUCACCUGUAGUAAUAACAACUCAUCUCUAGUCAAGAUAAAUAAUAGUAAGUUGAAAUGACUUGUAAAUCUGAGUUUAUUCAACAAAAAAUUUUAAGGCAGCAAAGUAUUUUUACAGUGUACCUUAUUUAUAAUAUAUUCCUUAUUAUUUUUUAAAAUGUAUAGCAACGCCUCACAAAAAUAUGAAAUUAAUUGUAAUUUUAAGUUACAACUUAAAAAAUUAAGUGCAACAAAGAAUGCAGCAUGAAGUUAAAACAACUUGGUUUUGCAUGUCAAUUCAACCUACUAUUUUAAGUUGACAUAACUUAUAAAAACAAGUCAAAAUUAUUUAACUUAAUUUAACAAAAAUGCUGCAUUUUUUACAGUGUACACUGUAAAAAACCUUUGUUAAACUUAAAUUUUUAAGUUUAAUCAAUUUACAAUUCAUGUCAACUUUCUUGUCUAGUGAGGAAAUGGUGUAAAUUAAAAUAAAGUUGCAUUAUUUUAAGUUAUACAUUUUUAUAAUUUAUAGCAACUCCUCACAAAAAGUUUAAAUUAAUUGUAAUUUAAGAUUGAUUAAACUUAAAAAGAUUUUUAAGUGCACACAAGUUAAAAGUUUUGUCAAUUUAACUUACCAGUUUUGGCCUGUGUUAAAAUGAUUUAACUUUUAAAAACCAGUUGAAAUCGUUUAAUUUGUUAAGUUAAAGUAACAUAAAAUAUAUGUUGAGUUGUCAAAAAUGUUGCAUUUUUUUACAUUAUAUUAUCAGUUUAUCAUGAGCGUGGUAAAAUAUUUGGACGAGUGAGACCUUUUUCAAAUGGAUGAUAUUAUCAGAUUUACUAAUGCUAUGAGGUAUCAGUGAAGAAUCCUGAAUGUUUUUUAAUUACUAAUUUAUAUCCAUACUAUACUUUUCACACCUGUCCAGUGUCGAUCUUCUGUUUCCUAAUUCAUGUCAUGUUUUGAGAAUGACUUCUUUUAAAGGUCUGGGAGAUUUGUAAAGAGUAAAUGUAUGGGAAGUGUUGGUGUGGCACUGCUGCUGUUUGUGCUUGUGUUAUUGUAACCGUACUGUACAGUGUCUUUGACAUGUUUAUAUGUUGUCCUGCCUUAAAAGGCAUUUAUGUAACAGAAAAAAAGACAAUUUUGAGUAUUUUGGUAAUUAUGUAUAUUUUGUACAGUAAAUGAACGGGCAAAAUAAAGUAGUUUAUCCACAGCA